AUGGCUGUCUGGCAGUGGUACAAGGGCAUUGCGCCCAAGACGCGCAUACUCAUCGGAGUUGGCAUCAUGGGGUACGCAGUGUUCGGCAUGUUCAUGUCUGACAAGGUGGAGGAGAAGCUCGGACUGGUGCCAACUGAGCAGGACAAGGAGGAGUUGAAGAGGGUGAUGCCCAGAAUCAUAACCGUUGAUAAGGAGAAGGAGAAGAAACCAGGGUUGGGGUCCUGA